GGUGGUAGUGAGGAUAAGGGAUUUGAAGAGAGAGGAGAAAGAGUGAAAUAGUCAUCUAGAAGAUUAGGAAAAUAAAUGGACUAAGGAAAUGUGUAAUUUCCAGGCAGUAUACUUGACAUUCAUGAAUUUAAAGUGAGACUAGUCAGCAUGGCUGUGUUUUCCUCUGGCUUUGUAUUUUUCCAGCUGUGUUCAGCUUUGUGGGUACAGGGGCAGAGCAGACAGCAUCAGAUUUAAUCAGGGCUAGAAGUUUAGAGUCAUGAUAUUACAAAUAAUGAGGGGGAAAGGUAGGAAGUGGUUGAAGAUUUGGAUGCUUGAUAUUAAAAUUCUGGAGGUUUUGUCUUGACAUUUGGUGAUGUCAAGUUUUAGAGUAUGACCAUGGGAAUGAGUGGCUAAGGUAGUGUAGGGGUUUGGGUAGGGGAGAAAUGGGAGAUAUGGUCAGAAAAGAGGACAAGUUUCUGUAGGAAUGAAAGACUGGGCAAUUAGGGAAGUCCUGGGGAUGGGAGUCCUUGUUUUCUUGUGGUGUCUAAUAAAAAAAGGUCAUAAAAAGAUUGUUCUGCAUGGUCUCAAGGCAGAUGGUAAUGAUGUGACUAUGGUUGUUGCGGAGAUUGAAGUUUUAUAGGGUCUUGCCAGGUGCAUGCCAAAUUUGGGAUUCCACUCAUCAUUUUAGCUAUUUGGGAAAUAUGGAUGUAACAAAGGGCAGGAGAGAAUUUUACCUGGAGUUCUGGGGCUUAUCCUUCAUUUCUGCUGAUGGAAGUGUGGAGGCUUCCAGACAAGCUGCGGGGAUUCCGGGGAUUACGCCAACUGAAGAAACAGACGGUAAUCUUCCAGAUAUUGUCAACAGUGGAAGUUUGCACGAGUUCCUGGUUAAUUUGCAUGAGAGAUACGGGUCCGUGGUCUCUUUCUGGUUUGGCAGGCACCUUGUGGUUAGUUUGGGGACCGUUGAUGUACUGAAGCAGCAUAUCAACCCCAAUAAGACAUCGGACCCUUUUGAAACUAUGUUAAAGUCAUUAUUGAGGUAUCAGGCUGGUAGUGGGGGUGCAAGUGAAAACCACAUGAGGAAAAAAUUAUAUGAAAAUGGUGUGACUAAUUCUCUGCAGAGUAAUUUUGCUGUCUUGCUAAAGCUUUCAGAAGAAUUAUUAGCUAAAUGGCUCUCCUAUCCAGAGUCCCAGCAUGUUCCCCUCUGCCAGCAUAUGCUUGGUUUUGCUAUGAAGUCUGUUACACAGAUGGUAAUGGGUAGUACCUUUGAAGAUGACCAGGAAGUCAUUCGCUUCCAGAAGAAUCAUGGCACGGUUUGGUCUGAGAUUGGAAAAGGCUUUCUAGAUGGGUCGCUUGAUAAAAGUACAACUCGGAAAAAACAAUAUGAAGAUGCCCUUAUGCAACUGGAAUCUAUUUUAAAGAAAAUCAUAAAAGAACGAAAAGGGAGGAACUUCAGUCAGCAUAUUUUCAUUGACUCCUUAGUACAGGGGAACCUUAAUGACCAGCAGAUCCUAGAAGACAGUAUGAUAUUUUCUCUGGCUGGUUGCAUAAUAACUGCAAAUUUAUGCACGUGGGCAAUCUGUUUUUUAACCACCUCUGAAGAAGUUCAGAAAAAAUUAUAUGAAGAGUUAGACGAGGUUUUUGGGAAGAGUCCUAUUACUCCAGAGAAAAUUGAGCAGCUCAGAUACUGUCGUCAAGUGCUUUGUGAAACUGUUCGGACUGCCAAACUGACACCAAUAUCUGCCCGUCUUCAAGAUAUUGAAGGAAAAGUUGACCAAUUUAUUAUUCCUAGAGAGACCCUUGUCCUUUAUGCCCUUGGUGUGGUACUUCAGGAUCCCAGUACUUGGCCAUCACCACAUAAGUUUGAUCCAGACCGGUUUGAUGAUGAAUCGGUAAUGAAAACAUUCUCUUUGCUUGGAUUCUCAGGCACACAGGAAUGCCCAGAAUUGAGGUUUGCAUAUAUGGUGACUACAGUACUUCUGAGUGUAUUGUUAAGGAGACUGCACCUACAUUCUGUGGAGGGACAAGUUAUUGAAACAAAGUAUGAACUGGUAACAACGUCAAGGGAAGAAGCUUGGAUCACUGUCUCAAAGAGAUAUUAAAAUCUUAUACAUUUAACCUUGUUACAUGGACUGAGGAAACUAACCAUUUAGAAGAUCUUCCAGUGAAUCCUUUUAUAAGUCAAGUAUUAUUUUGCAGUAUAAACGACUAUUAGUAUUUUAUUAUGUAAAUUUGUAUUUGUACAUGUCAGAUUUUCUUAAAGCAGUAUAUACAUCUAUACUUAUUGCACCAAUAUAUUGAUAAUUUUAAUGGGACACUGUAGCUUUCUGCUUUUGAAUUUUGUUUCUUUUUACUUCUUAUGCCAUUAUUUUUGUAUUCUUUUUCUUAGUUUGAUCUCUAAAAUUAAUAUUCUUGAAAAAAAAUUAUAAGAAGUUUUGGAAUCAUGUCUUCUGAAUAUUCAUAAAAUAGAAACAGUCGUAAAUCCUUUUCAUACUUACAAUAAAUCAACUUAAAGGGAAAGAAAAAAGACUUCCCAUAAUUUCUAUUUCUUGGAUUAAAUAUUUUUAUUUUCUGGCUAUUCUGGCUAUAAAUUAGUUUGUGUUUUAAUCAUUUCUAUUCAUUUUGAAUAAUUUAUUGAGAAUUCUACCUUAUAUUUGCUUUUUUUGCCUGCCCAGACAACAGUAUUCGUUUUCAUUUCAUGACUUGCACUGUUCAUUUUGUACAGUUCUGAAUCACUUGGAAAAUAAUAGCUGUUUCUAAAUGUUUAGAAGUGCCGCUCCUAAAUGACAAACUAGGAUUGAUGCUUGUUCUUCCAUUUUGCUGGAAACUUUAGCAGCACCAUAUUACUCAACUAAUUCUCAUUUGUAGGGAAAGGGAAUUCCUAAAUUUGUUAUUUAUUAUGUCAUGUGUUAAAUAUAAUGAACAUGUGAUUGAGAAAUGAGGGAGCACUAACCAAAAACAAAAAUAAAUGAAAAAGAAAAUAGAGAUGGAUGAAAAUAUUUGCAAAAUAUAUGACAGAGAGGAAUAAUAUCCACAUUGCAUAAAGAGCUCAUACAAACUGAGAAAACAUCCAACAGAUACAUACAUAGCUAAAGACAUGAACAGACAGCUUUUACAGGCGGAAACAACUAAUAAAUUUUAGAAAAAUGUUCAUUCUCACUUGUAAGUAAAGAAAUAUGAGAGCUACUUCAAGAAUAUUUUAAGUAGUACAAAUAAGCAGUGGUAAAUUUUAUAUUUAAUACUUUAUUGAUAUUAUUAUACCUUGGUCUAGUUUUUUGAUCACACUGUGAAGAAUUUUUUUUUUUAAAUAUAUUUUUGUUUAAGACAACAACUGAAGGACGUAUGCCAAGUGCAGAUAGAAAGGAAAGGAAGUAGAAUGAUAAUUGCUUGCAAGUUAGUUUAUUUUUAACACUGCUGAAUUUCAUUUGUAGUUUCAACAAUGUACUCGAGUUAUUAAUUGAAUUAUUUUAUGUUGUGUUUAUGGCUAAAUAGCUAACACUUUAGGCCUAGUUCUGACUAGUCAACAUAGAAUUUGAUUAGAUGCAGUGGUCAUUUCUGGAAAAAAAAUUAAUUUCUGGAAUAAUUUAAUUUCCAAAGCUUUAAGUGAAAUCUAUUCUUAGUUACUAUCACCAUGUUGUUUCUAACAUGGCACAUUCAUCAGUUUAUCUUCCUCUCACCUAUCAUUUUCUAUGGUUUUGUGUAUAUAGAACAUCUUCCUUUGUUAUACAAGCACCAUAAGUGGGUUGGAAAUUGGCAGUGGAAGGUUAGAGUAGGCAAUUUCUAGGUAAAACAAGUGCCAGUGAGAUCAGAUGAAAUGAGAGAAGUGGAAUUUGAAAGCGAGGGAGAGCUGAUGAGCCAUGAUCAAGGCAAAAACAAGGCAGCUGAGCCAGAAUCCAGGCGUUCGCAUAAUUGCCAAUAAAUGUGGCAGUGUAUAAUUACUAAUAAAGACCAGAGUCAAGGAAAAUAGGGCAUAGAGGAAUCAGCUAAAUAAGCAUAUUUUACCCAUAGUUACACUACUAGCUUAAAGCAUUAAAAACAAAUCAUAUUCUAGAGAAUUUUGUCAGAAGUACUGUUAUGAACAAAAUAAGUUACCAUUCACUGUUCUAUUUAUCUAAUGACUGAAAAGUAGCCUCACUGUCACUGAUGGCUCAUAGCGUGACUCAGGUGGGUUUUUAAUUGAUAUUGAAGUGAAUAAGUUUUAUAGCUUUUUAAAAAUUGAUUUCUUCACUGAUUUUGAUCUGCAUUCUUUUUAAUAGUUCAGAAAUUUAUUGUUAAAAACAGCAGCACAGAGCAUUUUUAUGGAAUGAAAGGGCUCUCUUAUACUUUGUUCUAAUCAAAUUUAAGGCAGAAUUAAUUCUGUAUGAGUUUGGGAAAAAUGAAAAAUUCAUAUGCUGUUUAUUUGGCACACAACUGUGCAGUUCUAUCAUGUUAUAUAAAUAGAUUCUAUCAUUUACAGACUCAAAAUUUAUUCUUUAUCUUAAAGUAGUUCUUUUUUAAAAACAAAACUCUACUUUUUUAUUAUGAAAAUAAGAUUUGUUGUAGAAAAUCAUAGAGAUUUAUUGUAGAAAAUCUAGAGAACACAAAAAUGGCAAACUCAGUCACCUACAGUCUCACUAGUUGAGAGUAGAUCUUUCUACUCUUUUCUUCACAUAUAUAAUUUUUUUACAGACAUUAUACAUAAUUUUUUUUCUUUAAUAUAUCAUGAACCAAUAGUCUUUUCUACAAAUGGAACAUUAAUAUUCUUCUCACACAGAAUAUAAGCAUAGAUUUUUGUCAUUCUUUUUCUCUCCUUCUUUCCCUUCUCAGAUAUUCUUGUUAUUCUUUUCAACUUUAAAAUCGGCUUCUCCAUCCAUUCUGCUGAAACAGUUACAUAUUUGUACAUCUAAGUCGACAACAACAGGUUUGGGGUUUUUUUUGGUUUUAAAUUGCCAAAGCCAUACAACAAUUUAGGCAUUACAGUGAGCAUUUAAAAAUGAAAUUAUUUCACUAUUUUAAGAAAAAUCUUCUUUUUUCUUAGUCUUUUUCUUCAAAUUGAGAUGUAGUUUUGACUCUUAAGAAUCUCUGUUGUUGAAAAUUUCUAGUGGUGGUGUUUGUGGACUCUGGGGCAAACAAAUUAAGAUUCUUUCCUGAAGCCAUCUUUUUUUAUUCCCCCAAUCCAUAAAAAGCACUGUUAACCUAUAAAAUGUACUUUUUUCACGUGGUUAUCAGAUUGGAAAUUGCUUAAAAAGCCCAAUUCUACUGAGUGUGUAAAGCUGAGGACAUGACCAGUACCAUCAAGGAGUAGUUUAGUAGCUGCAAAAAGAUAGCCAGGAGAGGAAUGGACACCAUUUUCAAGGGCAGAUUUUUUAAAUGUCAACAAAUUGAUACUAGUGACCUCAUUUUUCUUCUUAGCUAGUGCUAUGCCUGUUUUCUAAGUAACCAAAGACCAAUGAUUAAGGUAGGAGAGGAGCUGGGAGGAAGAUAAUGAUAACAAAGCAAUCACUGUUAAACUACAGAAGUCAGGAAAUCAGCACAGCCAAAAAGACUUAGUACAAGUGGCUUUGAGCUGUUUUCAGUGACCUACAGGGAUAAAAAACAGUGAGAAUGAAACUCGCAGUAAUAGUUAAACUGAAAGUAGAACAAGGGACUGUUACAUAUCUAUCUCAUUUAGUCCUCGGAGCGUAACAGAAGGCCCAGUAACAAACUAAAAUAGUUUUUCAUUCCUGCUAGAAGAAAUAUUGUAAAUGAAGAUAGGCAAAUACUAGAUAGAACAGUAAAAGAUCUGAACUAUAAUAAAUUAUGUUAAGUCUUCAGUGAGGUCUGUUGUGGUACUUUGUUCUUAUUUAAGGGAGAAUCAAACAGUUGCAAAUGGUUUACUGAUGGGAUCAUAUAUUUUUAAAAAAUGCAAAAAACAAAAAACCUCUCAAUAUCAAGAAUAAAAAGAUUGCCUAAACAGAACCUUAAGAGCAGUAAUAUCCAGCCUCAUUAAUUGGCAUCAAGAUGUGCUUUCCAUAGGGAUAAUAUGCCACAGAUUAUGAAAAAUAUUGCAUCUUGAGUUCUUUGAAGACAUCUUUCACAUCCCUUGUUCCAUCUUUGACUUUUUGAGCUCAUAGUUGAUGGCUAAGUCCACAUACAUUUCUAAGGAGGCUGUACUGUAUUUAUUUUAUCUUUUGUCCCAACAUAAAAAAAUGUUUUAAAUAAGUCAAAUAACAUGAGGUUUCAUGUUAUUCUUCCCAUUCCCUUGACCAAAACUACCACAUGAAAUAGUUUAAACCUAAAAAUAAAUUACUCAGUAAUAAAAUGACAACUUGAUAAAAGUCAAAAGAUUUGAGCAGACAACUCAUAAAGAAAUAUAUAUGAAUGGCUAAUAACACAUGUGAAAAGUAAUUGACUACACAAAUCAUCAGGGAAUACAAAUACCAAUCAAAAUGGCUACAGUGAAAAAGACACAAUAUCUAAUGUUGAUGAGGAUAUGGAGCAACCAGAACUCUCAUGUAUUGGUGGGAGUGUAAAAUGGUGCAACCACUUUGGAAAAAUGCCUUACAAUUUCUUACAAACCAACUAUGUACAACCGUUUUUUCCUAUUUCCACAUGCAUAUAUAUUUUUACUUACUGCGAUCAUAAUACGGUUUACUUUUCACUUAAUGAAUUUUUAACAUUUUUCUUCGUUCAUUUUUAUAAGGGCUUCAGGGAAUAUUUUGAAUGUAAACCAAUUUUCAUGCUUGAUUUAUAGAAUUUUAUGACAGCGAAUGAAUAAUUGUAAAAUUUGAGUUGACUAUCCAGGCAAUAAACCAGAAAAUGACAUUCCUUCUCCCAGUUUCACUCCUCAUUUAAUCAUUGUUUACAG